AAUGGCUCUUUGAGACCCCUCCUUCAGCUACUUUAAAGAAUGAUGUGCUGCGGAGGAGCAGAGGAAGAGAUCGCUGGCCUACCUCCAAACCAAUCCACUGCACCACCAGGAGGGGUUAAUGCAUAUGGUGGCGGAGGAGGAGAGAGAGGAGAACUCAGGGGCAAUGUUGUCAAGACAGGCGGUCCACAGAGAGAUUUAUCGGUUGAGACACCAGCCAUUUCACUGGAAGAGCUGAAUAGUAUAACGGACAACUUUGGUUCCAAUGCUUUGAUUGGAGAAGGUUCCUACGGACGGGUUUUCUACGCAAAGUUAAGAAAUGGUCAGGAUGCAGCCAUCAAAAAGCUGGAUAACAGUUCUUCACCAGAACCAGACUCUGAUUUUACCGCACAGUUAUCUAUAGUUUCAAGACUAAAGCAUGAGCAUCUUUUGGAGUUGACGGGGUAUUGCCUCGAGGGAACCAACAGAAUUUUGGUCUAUCAGUACGCAAGCAAGGGCUCUCUGCAUGAUAUAUUGCAUGGAAGGAAAGGUGUACAGGGGGCUGAACCUGGUCCAACACUAAGGUGGAACCAAAGAGUAAAAAUUGCAUAUGGUGCAGCAAAAGGCCUUGAGUUUCUUCAUGAGAAGUGUCAACCGUCCAUAGUUCAUCGUGACGUGAGAUCAAGCAAUGUCUUAUUGUUCGAUGACUUCGAGUCCAAGAUUGCUGAUUUCAACUUGACAAACCAGAGUUCUGACACAGCGGCUCGGCUUCAUUCAACCAGGGUCUUAGGAACAUUUGGCUAUCAUGCUCCAGAGUAUGCCAUGACUGGCCAGAUUACCCAGAAAAGUGAUGUCUACAGUUUUGGAGUGGUGCUCUUAGAACUCCUAACAGGAAGAAAGCCAGUGGACCACACAAUGCCUAAGGGGCAACAAAGUCUAGUGACGUGGGCAACUCCAAGGCUGAGUGAGGACAAAGUGAAGCAGUGUGUGGAUCCGAAGCUAAACAGUGAAUACCCCCCAAAGGCCGUUGCUAAGUUGGCAGCAGUUGCGGCACUUUGUGUUCAGUAUGAAGCUGACUUCCGGCCAAAUAUGACAAUAGUGGCUAAGGCUCUUCAGCCACUUCUCAAUUCAAAGCCGGCUGGCUCUGAAUCCGGUGCUUGA